AUGUCCAAUACAUCCAACUUCCUGAAUCUAGCCCAUUACCUGAGUGAACACGAGGGUGAUCCAGCUAUCAAGGGCUUCGUUCCUAAUCUGAAAGACCAUCUUCUUUCACAACUGCUCAGCUUGGAUUAUGAUGGUAAUGAGAGGGUCUCCCAAGCCAAGCGCCUCCAAAUCAACUACAUGACCUAUGAUGUCCAUUGUGAUCAAGAUACCCUGAAACCAGGGUACGGUGGUGUUGUAAUGACUUUGUCAAGAGAACAUGAUGGUGACACUCAUCCAUUUUGGUAUGCCCAAGUUUUAGGUGCUUUUACCAUACAGGUGCUCCAUGUUGGCCCUGACGUUUGUAAUCGCUCACCUCAGUCCAUGGAAUUCUUGUGGGUUCGAUGGUUUGGUGUAGUCCCAUGUUACUGCUGGAGCAUCAGGGAGGGUCGUUUUCCGAAAGUUGGAUUCAUACCAGACUCACCCUCUGCAUUUGGUUUCCUUGAUCCCUCUGUUGUUCUUAGAGCCUGUCAUCUUAUACCCUGCUUUGCUGAUGGCCACAUGGAUACUCUUCUUCGGCAUGGCCCAACUGUUGUGCGACCAUUCAGAGAAGUAAAUGACUGGGCUGCCUUCUAUGUUAAUAUUUUUGCAGAUCGUGAUAUGUUUGCUCAUUUCGCAGGCAUAGGUGUUGGCCAUGUGGUUCAGUAUAACAUGUUGAAGGACACUGAGUGUGAACAUGGACCAGGAAGCUGUGAUGAUAAAUUGGACAUUGUCAUGAGCAACACCAAUGCUGGAGACUGUUGGAAUCAAACUCAAGGCAAAGAAAAUGAUGAUGACAAGGAUAAUGAAGAAGAUGAUGACGAUGAUGAAGAUAAUGAUGCAUGGGAUGACGAAGAUGAGGAUGUCCACAUAUCUGGUGAAGGCAGUCAACUCUCUUCAGCUGCAUUCCCCCUUCCCCUCCUCCCCCUCCUCACCUUCUCGUCACCCUUGUCCCCCUCUCAUCACCCUCCCCUCUUCCUCCUCCUCCUCCUCCUCCUCCUCCUCCUCCUCCUCCUCCUCCUCCUCCUCCUCCUCCUCCUCCUCCUCUUCCUCCUCCCUCCUCCUCCUCCUUCUCCCUGUCUUGUUUUCAUGCAUUCAUUAAGGGCCAACUCUGACUGA